GCCGAUACAGGCCGAUUCGAAUCAAAAUCGGAUCAGUAUUGACCGGGACCGGUAUCUUCCAUGCUCCAAAUAGAGGAUGAGAGGAAUCUUCGAACCACCGACAGAAACUGGGGGUUGAGAAGUCCCCUUUACCGUGUUUGUUACUCACAUGACAAAUACUUUCCCCCCUCACCAACGCAAUUAAAUUAUUGUAAUUUCCAUUUUUUUAAUCCAAAAGAUUUUAUAUAUUUAUCUCAAACUCACAUGGAUUUGUUUUGAGUUGCAGAAACCCAGAUCACACAAAGGUUAGAAGCGAGGGGGAAACAAAAUUGAGUAAUUUAUUUUUCUUUUAAAAGGUAGGAGGUGGGUAAUCUUUCGUUUUCUCUCAUCAAUUUGUCGUAUUUGAUGAUCAUCAAACCAGAAGAAUCAAGCGUCGCCAUUAGAGCUCCAGACUCUGUAUUAAUAAUCAAAGAGAGGGGAAAAUCGAAUUUAGGGUAUUUCUUCGUUUCUUAGUUGCUGAGCUGUCUUUAUUGUCCCCACCUGUUUAAAGGGUUUUCUGGGUUUUUGGUUUUUUUCGCUUCUUAAAGAAGUGUCGGCACUUUGAGAGUUGGUAAUGGCUUUGAUAAAUUGGAAGAUCUGGGAGUGAGAGAGUUGGAGCUAAAGGUUCCCAUUUGGGUUUUCUUCUUUUCUAUCAUCUACGAAUGGCGGUCGAUCCGAAGCAGAUUUUGGGUGCUUUCCUUACUUUCUCUAUGUUUGCAAUGCUUGCGAACAUGAUCAAGGAGGACCAUUUUGAUUCGCCUAAUGCUAAUGUGAAACCGAAUCAUCCAGGACCAUCAGAUGUUCAAUAUGAGAAAAUCAGGAUCACAGAGCCAAAACGUGAAACACUUCCUAAGAAGAGUACGGGACCGUGGGCAGAAGAUGGCAUAGAGCUGAAACCUUGCUGGACAAGGCCAGCACCAAAAGAGGCAGAGCAGUCUGGCUUUGUUACAUUCUCAUUGAUGCAUGGUCCAGAGUACCACAUUUCACAGAUUGCUGAUGCAGUGGUGGUUGCAAGAUAUCUAGGGGCAACACUUGUGCUCCCUGACAUCAGGGGAAGCACACCAGGUGACAAGAGGAACUUUGAUGAAGUUUACAAUGUGGAGAAGUUUGUUGAAAUCUUGGACGGUGUGGUAAAAGUAACAAAAGAUCAACCUGCUGAAAUAGCUGCAGGAAAGAUUGCAGUUGUGAAGGUCCCAAACAGGGUUACUGAAGACCACAUUGCUGAACAAAUUGAACCAAUACUAAGAAUGAAAAGAAACAUAAGGCUAGUGACUUACUUCCCUUCUGUAAACAUGAGAAAGGCAGAGGAGAAGAAGGAUCUGGACUCUGUUGCAUGUUUGGCCAUGUUUGGUACUCUCCAAUUAGAACCAGAACUCCAAGAAGUGGUUGACUUGAUGAUUGAGAGGCUAAGAACUUCGAGUCGGAAAUCGGGUAGCAAGUUCAUUGCAGUGGACUUGAGGGUUGACAUAUUGGAAAAGAAGGCUUGUCAAGGAAGAACAGAAAGUGGAAGGAAAAGCUGUUACGAUGCGCUAGAGAUUGGAGUAUUUUUGAGGAAAAUUGGCUUUCAGAGGGACACUACAAUUUAUUUGACUCAAUCUAAGUGGCAUGAUAGUCUUGAUGCUCUGAAGGAAUUCUUCCCAAAAACCUAUACAAAGGACAGUAUAAUACCCGGAGAUAAGAAGCAUAAAUUUCUCGGCUCUGGAGGUUUUGAAAUUGAGAAGGUCCUCGACUUCUAUAUCUGUUCUCAGAGUGAUGUUUUUGUGCCUGCCAUCUCUGGGCUUUUCUAUGCCAAUGUUGCUGGGAAGAGAAUUGCUUCCGGUAAGACGCAGAUACUUGUUCCAUCCGAAGUAUCCAGCACUUCAGCUUCUGCUGCUGAUUUUAUUUCCUCAUAUGUUUCCAAGAAGAACCACCUUGCACAUUCAUGUUUCUGCUAACGUAAGUAUCAACCUGAAGAAAGUUUUGAAUACUUCCUUUCCCCUUAUAGCUCUUGAAGCCUCUGCAAAUAGGCAAUGUUUCAGUUUCUCUGUUCUGCUGUAGCCUUUUUUUGCUUUUUGAGUAAAUGGGUGAUUGGGUUUGUGCUUUAUCUUUCCUUAAAUGUUAGCCAAACCCAAACAAACUAUCCAUGUGAGAAAGUUAAAAUGUGCCAUUGAUCUCAUCUUUAUACAUUCAUUAUACAAAUCUUUUCACGUGUGUAAAACAAAAAAUUGUUUUUUUUGUCUAUUAUUUAGUUCUGUCGCCUUGUUUA